AAAGGGAAAGGGAUGGGGCUUGUGUUGACUACAUUAAAUAGAUCCAGUACUGGCUGGUGCUAUGAUCUGCAUCUUUAUCAAUCCACUCUCUGCCUUUACCACAAAGUAGCAGCUCAUCUAGCGUUUCCAUUCCUAGGGAGUGGCUUCCAUGAAGUUCUUUAAACUGGGUUCCGUAGUACCAGAACUCGUACAGUUUUCUAUGAGCCAUGGUAGUAAGGGGGGUCUCAGAAAAAUUCUUAGCUUCGAGUUAUUUCAUGGGCACUUCGUUCCAAUGGCCCGAUCUGGAUUAGAUGAGACAUCGGCAUCUGGUGCUUUUGUGAAAACAGCUUCAACAUUCCGUAAUUUUAUUUCACGAGAUCCAAACUCCCAAUUUCCUGCAGAAUUCGGAAGGUAUCAUCUGUAUGUAUCAUAUGCUUGCCCAUGGGCUUCGAGGUGCCUUUCAUACUUGAUGAUCAAAGGCCUUGACAAGGCCAUUAGUUUCACACCAGUUAAACCCAAGUGGGAUAGAACAAGGGAAACUGAUGAGCAUAUGGGGUGGGUUUUUCCUUCUUCGGAGACAGAGGAACCAGGAGCUAAACCUGACCCUUUGAAUGGAGCAAAAAGUAUUAGGGAUCUUUAUGAUAUUGCCAGUCCAAACUACACUGGAAAGUGCACUGUCCCUGUACUAUGGGAUAAGAAACUCAAAACAAUUGUUAGUAAUGAGAGUGGGGAGAUAAUCCGCAUGCUAAAUACUGAGUUCAAUGCUAUGGCAGAGAAUGCAGCUUUGGACCUUUAUCCUCCUCACUUGCAAGCUAAAAUUGAUGAGACUAAUGAAUGGGUAUAUCAUGCGAUAAAUAAUGGUGUCUAUAGAGCUGGGUUUGCGAGGAAGCAAGAGCCUUAUGAAGAGGCUCUGAAAGAGGUGUUUGAAGGCUUGGAAAAAUGUGAGGAGAUACUUGGAAAGCAACGUUACAUAUGUGGCAACACACUGACUGAAGCAGAUAUUCGAUUGUUUGUCAGUCUCAUAAGAUUUGAUGAGGUUUAUGCUCUCCACUUCAAGUGUAACAAGAAACUGAUACGGGAGUACACAAAUCUGUUCAAUUACACCAAGGACAUUUUUCAACUCCCUGGCAUCAGUAGUACGGUCAACAUUCAACACAUCAAACAGCAUUACUAUGGAAGCCAUCCUACUAUCAAUCCAUUUGGCAUCCUUCCUGUUGGCCCAAAUACUGACUACUCUACCCCUCAUGGCAGAGAGAAGUUUUCUGCAUAGAUUGUGUUGUUGCAGACUAUAAGAUGAAGUUUGUAUCUCGAAAUCAGUAAGAUUUGAAUAAACCUCAGGGCUUUAUCUAUCCUGAGGGAAAAUGGAUUCUUGUGAAAAGGUGUUCAAAUAAUUUUGGAUGAAUUUGAUCGUGUUGUG